CAGGUCAUACAGGCGAUACAGCCACAAACGAUAUUCGUGUGUGCGAAUAAUUGUCCUAAAUUAAUCUUAUUUCUCUUAAAACAGUAGCAAGAUGUCUGAGAGAAAAGUAUUAAACAAAUACUAUCCCCCGGAUUUCGAUCCGUCGAAGAUUCCUCGUAUGAAACUGGCGAAGAACCGUCAGUACACUGUGCGUUUGAUGGCCCCCUUCAAUAUGCGAUGUGCUACUUGCGGAGAGUAUAUCUACAAGGGUAAAAAGUUCAACGCUCGGAAAGAGGACGUUGAAAAUGAAGACUAUUUGGGAAUUAGAAUAUAUAGGUUUUAUAUCAAAUGUACAAGAUGCCUACAAGAGAUAUCCUUCAAGACGGACCCAAAGAACACUGACUAUGAGAUAGAGGCCGGAGCUACGCGGAACUUCAUGGCGCUGAAACUUGCUGAAGAGCAGGCGAAGCGGGAAGAAGAAGAGCAAAAGGAAGAAGAGGCCAAUAACCCUAUGAAAUUAUUAGAAUACAGAACAGAGCAGUCACGGCAAGAGAUUGAGCGUCUAGAGGGUCUAGAGGAACUCAAGGAGCUGAACCGGCGGCAGCAGGCCGUGGACUACGAGGGCAUGCUGCGUCAGUACGCGCCCGAGAGUGCAGAGGCGCGAAGACAGAGAGAGGAGAAAGAAGAUGAUGACUUCAUCAAGUCCAUCAAAUUUGGCGGAACAUCGAAAGUAGUGGCUGAAGAAAUAAUCGAAGAAAUAGCGGACUCAGACGAACCUCCGGCUAAAACAUCUCGAAUAGAGGUCAUCCCAGCCAAGCCAGUGACCAAGAAAAAUGAAACUUGGAACCGUAGUAUCGGAGUGUUGAGUAAAAAACCCGCACUGGCGAAUCUUGUAAAGAGUAAAAAAGAUGUGGUGCCAAAGACAAGUUCAGAAGGAAAUAAAGACAAUAAUGACAGUAAUCAGACUGCUUCUAAAGUAAGUGACGCCGCUGUGACUUCUAAGGCUAGUGAGAAUAUAACCCCACCAUCAGGGCUGACUCUUCUGGCAAACUACUCGGGCAGUGACAGUGAUUCGCAAUGUAAUGUUAUCCUUCUCCUCCUGAAACGCCGUUCUGAGGACAAUGAGUGCCCGCGCCAAGACGAAACAAAAAGCAUUGCCUAGCUUAUUUCCUCAUAAAUGUUAUAAAAAAAUUACUUUAAACAUAGUUGUCAUAUCCAUUAGAUAUGUGUUACGAAAUGUUAAGCACCAAGGUGACCAAAUUGCCACAGAUAUUGAUAACAGCUAGUGUAUAGCAACUUAUACAUCAUAGAGCUCAUGUAUCGAU